AUGCAGAGCUCCGUAGUUGCCGCCUCGUCCGUUCUGCAGCGCCUCCCGCCGGGAAUCGAGGUGACGGCCCAGGACAGUUGGUUUGGGGUUUCAGACCCAGUGAAAAGACGGAAAUUGCAGAAUCGAUUGAACCAGCGAGCCCGGCGACACCGUCAGCGAACAGCCAACGCAAACAGCCAAUUCAGCCAGCAGCGGCAGCUUCCCACUGAGCCCUCCGACCAGGUCGACCUAGUACUGCAGAUUCUGUCUACAGUGCGGAUUCUGGGUCCAACCGCAAUCAAUGCCCGGCGUACCUUGCAGCAGCUUGAAACCGUCGUUAUUGCCCUAGGCAAAUGCAUCAGUGGGUCCCCCGUGGCUGAUCUACGUCUGGGGGUAACGAGACUCAACGUCCUGCGAGCAUUACAUGUCAAUCUGGAGGUUCUGGGUUACCGGCCAAGUGAUAUUGGUGACAAUGCGCAAUCAGUCUUCACUAUCCAGGGGCCUUCCCAUCUUCCAAGCAGAAACACGAGCGAGUUGAAGCUGCCGCCGGCCCUGAAACCGACCGCGAUUCAGCGCACGGUUCCACACCACCCAUGGCUGGACCUCAUUCCUUUCCCGUACAUGCGGGAUACCCUGAUCCUGACCCAGGACUUCAUCGACGAAGAGCAACUCUGCCACGAUUUGUCUGGUCAGGGAGCGUCUGGGGUCCUGCACUCUGGCCGAGAGGUAGGGAUCGGCGAGACGGGUAUCCUCGUCUGGAAGGAUCCCUGGGAUCCGUCCGGCUGGGAAGUCACCGAGACAUUUCUCCGGUUAUGGGGGUGGACUGUCCGGGACUGCUGGGACCUGUUCCGUUCGACGAACGCGUGGCGCAGUCGUCGCGGGGAGAGACCGCUAUUUGCGAUUCGUGAGAGCGACGACCGACGACCGAACUCUACUGUAGAGAAAAUAUGA